GGGCGCCAUCUUCACCUCCGCCAGCUCACAGCAUACGUCACCCUAGUUGACGUGGAGGAAAAGAGCGUGAAUGACUGUCUGAUCAUCUCGUUUACUGCUCUCAAACAUUCCGCAAAAUGAUCAAGAAAUUUGACAAGAAGGACGAGGAGUCUGGAAGCGGCUCAAACCCCUUUCAGCAUCUGGAGAAGAGUGCUGUACUACAGGAGGCUCGGAUUUUCAACGAGACACCCAUCAAUCCGAGAAGAUGUCUACACAUCCUCACCAAGAUCAUCUACCUGCUCAACCAGGGUGAGCACUUUGGAACCACAGAGGCCACUGAAGCUUUCUUUGCCAUGACAAGACUGUUCCAGUCUAAUGAUCAAACCCUGAGAAGAAUGUGCUACCUGACUAUAAAGGAGAUGGCCAACAUCUCAGAGGAUGUGAUCAUUGUUACAAGCAGCUUGACAAAGGACAUGACUGGUAAAGAGGAUGUUUAUAGAGGACCGGCAAUCAGAGCUCUCUGCAGGAUCACUGAUACCACCAUGCUGCAGGCUAUUGAACGAUACAUGAAACAGGCCAUCGUAGACAAAGUGCCCAGCGUCUCCAGCUCUGCUCUAGUGUCCUCACUGCACAUGGUGAAGAUGAGCUUUGAUGUGGUGAAACGCUGGGUCAAUGAAGCUCAAGAGGCAGCUUCAAGUGAUAACAUCAUGGUGCAGUACCAUGCUUUGGGUCUUCUCUACCACCUGAGGAAGAAUGACCGUCUGGCUGUGACCAAGAUGCUUAACAAAUUCACCAAGUCUGGCCUCAAGUCUCCAUUUGCGUACUGCAUGAUGAUUCGCAUUGCUAGUAAACUGUUGGAGGAGACAGAAGGAGGGCACGAUAGCCCGCUGUUUGACUUCAUUGAGAGCUGCUUGAGGAAUAAACAUGAGAUGGUGGUUUAUGAAGCAGCCUCCGCCAUCGUCCACAUGCCCAAUUGCACCGCCCGUGAGCUGGCUCCUGCUGUUUCCGUUCUCCAGCUGUUUUGCAGCUCUCCCAAAGCAGCCCUGCGUUAUGCAGCAGUACGGACUCUUAAUAAGGUGGCAAUGAAGCACCCGUCAGCUGUGACCGCAUGCAACCUGGACUUGGAGAACCUGAUCACUGACUCCAACCGCAGCAUCGCCACCCUGGCCAUCACCACCCUGCUGAAGACCGGCAGCGAGAGCAGCGUGGAUCGCCUCAUGAAGCAGAUCUCCUCCUUUGUCUCUGAGAUCUCAGACGAGUUCAAGGUGGUUGUGGUCCAGGCUAUCAGUGCUCUGUGCCAGAAGUAUCCCAGAAAGCACAGCGUGAUGAUGAACUUCCUUUCAAACAUGUUGAGAGAUGAUGGUGGAUUUGAGUACAAGAGAGCCAUUGUGGAUUGCAUCAUCAGUAUCAUUGAGGAAAACCCAGAGAGUAAGGAGACAGGCUUGGCUCAUCUGUGUGAGUUUAUCGAGGAUUGCGAGCACACCGUACUGGCCACUAAGAUACUUCACCUGCUGGGGAAAGAGGGACCACGUACCCCUACCCCCUCCAAAUACAUCCGUUUCAUCUUCAACCGUGUUGUGCUUGAGAGCGAGGCGGUGCGGGCAGCUGCUGUAAGUGCACUCGCCAAGUUUGGGGCUCAAAACGACGACCUGCUGCCAAGCGUCUUGGUCCUGAUGCAAAGGUGUAUGAUGGACAGUGAUGAUGAGGUGAGAGACAGAGCCACAUUCUACAUGAACGUCCUGCAGCAGAAGCAGAAAGCCUUGAAUGCCGCUUACAUCUUCAAUGGUCUGUCCGUAUCUGUUCCCGGACUGGAGAAAUCCCUCCACCAGUACACAUUGGAGCCAUCUGAGAAACCGUUCGACAUGAAGACAGUUCCCUUGGCCACUGCACCCAUCACCGAACAGAAAACAGAAAUUGCACCCGUGGCAACAAGCAAACUACCCGAGAAGCUUGCACCUUCCCGCCAAGACAUUUACCAAGAGCAACUCGCAGCCAUCCCAGAAUUCCAAGGCCUGGGUCCCCUGUUCAAGUCGUCCGAGCCGGUUCAGUUAACAGAAGCAGAGACGGAGUAUGUGGUGCGCUGUAUCAAACACACUUUCGCAAAUCACAUGAUCUUCCAGUUCGACUGCACCAACACGCUGAACGACCAGCUGCUGCAGCGGGUCCUCGUCCAGAUGGAGCCGUCGGAGGCCUACGAGGUGCUACAUUAUGUUCCUGCACCAAGCCUCCCCUACAGCCAGCCUGGGUCCUGCUACAGCCUGGUCCGGUUACCAGAGGAUGACCCCACAGCAGUCUCUUGCACGUUCAGCUGCACAAUGAAAUAUCUCGUCCGGGACUGUGAUCCCAACACGGGAGAGCCUGAUGAUGACGGUUAUGAUGAUGAAUACGUGCUUGAAGAUUUAGAGGUGACAGUCGCCGAUCACAUACAGAAGGUGUUAAAACCAAACUUCGGUGCGGCGUGGGAGGAGAUCGGAGACGAGUUUGAGAAGGAAGAGACGUUUGCGUUGGCCACAGUCAGAACUUUAGAUGAGGCAGUAAAUAACAUCAUUACCUUCUUGGGCAUGCAGCCUUGUGAGCGCUCAGACAAAGUUCCGGAAAACAAGAACUCACAUGUUCUGUUCCUAGCAGGUGUGUUUAGGGGCGGUCAUGAUGUUUUGGUGAGGGCACGUCUGGCUUUGGCUGAUGGGGUCACUAUGCAGGUGACUGUUAGGAGCACAGAUGAGAACGUGGUUGACGUCAUUCUGGCCUCUGUCGGCUAAACGUGCAAUGUUUUGAGCGACCUGCUCACAUGCCAAUCUGGAUAAUUGUGCUUUUAUACGUAUCAAUAUAGUAGCUCUAUAAUGUUUCUCACAACCAUCCUUGUGGCUUUACUUGAAUCCACUGGAACAUUGCGUUUCUGUAUUUGUUUUGUUCUUUCUGAGAGAUUUCUGAAACAUUGUGCCACUUUGAUUCAUGUGGAAAACAUCUAAUCAUUGUUUCUCUGGUAUUUGAGCUGUUUUGGCCUCGUGUCACAGCUCAGGAGAAACAGUCCUUUACUACAAACCUUUUCAUUUACCCAAAAUAAAAGAGUC